AGAUACCACGGCAAUUGAUAACUAAUGAUGAAUUCAUCAUCAACCCGUGUAGAAAUCGAAACCUAAAAACAACGGUACAGGGAAAGAAGGACUCAGGAAGCACAGGGCGAAGUUUUCUUGUAAGCUUUAUCCAAAACCACAAGGAUGGAAACGAAACAAACCAAACAAUCGUUGUGUCAUCAGAAACCGAUUUCAAUUUAACGGUUUCACUGUCAGAGAAUCAAAGAUCAAACUUGGUGUCGAUAUCUAGUCAUAAAAGUGGAAAUGCCACAUUGAAGAAGUUAAACGUACACUAUUCUCUUGUUCCUUCUUACUUUACUACCGAAUAUAAAGCUAUUCUUAUUAACACCACCGCGGCGUCAUCAAUAUUGUACUUGUCCGAAUAUCUGUAUUCUUCAGAUUCCACGACAGUCUUCCCCGUUGACAAACUUUCAACACACUAUAUCAUAUCAACAUCGACACCAACAAAGGGUGUUUUAGAGAGUGGAAGUCAUUUCACUGUCGCUUCGAUGAAAGACAAUACGCUUGUAAGCAUAGUGUUAACAGCGGAUUAUGAUAUAACGAUAUUGAUACAGGGAAGAAAUUAUGGAAGAGGGGAUACAUUCAACAUUAUUUUAAAUAGAUAUCAAACAUUUCAAAUUGGACAUAAUGCAGAUUUGACAGGGACAACUAUUCAUUCUUCUAAUCCUAUUGCAGUCUUUGCAGGAAAUAGGUGUAAUGAUGUUGGGUACCAUGGAUUCUGCAGCAUGCUUAUGGAAAUGGUUCCACCAACUGAAGAACUAGAUAAUACUUUUGUUGUGCCACCAAACAUUCAUAGAUACCAAUCACACGUACGCAUUUUAUCGGCUGUAAAAACUUAUUUUACAUACACUACGAAACAAAUCAAAACAUCAACAGUGAUUUUAAAAAAUAAAUUUGUUGAAUUUGUUCUCCACUCACCCGAAAUAGGUGUUAUUCAUUCCACUGAGGCUGUGUUAGUGAGCAGCAUUGCAUUGUCUUCAACUAAGGCUAAAGUAUAUGGCGAUCCGUUCAUGAUCACAGUCCCUGGAAUAAAUCAGUAUGCCAGCAAAUACACCAAUUUCGUACCAGAUGGAUAUAACUUUAGCUUCGCUACUUUUAUAAUACGAAACGAAUCUUUCAGAAAUCUUCAGAUUAACGGAACAAACAUCAGUGAACAUAGUUGCCUUUUUCAUUCAUCUGUUAUUGUUGGAAUUGCCCUAUACAGUGUUUGUACAAUAAGUGUUCAAAGCGGUUUAAUUAAUGUAAAAACCUCAGAUGGGUCUCGAUUUGGUUUUCUCGUUAAUGGUCAACGCAAACAUGACGGCCAUGGGUACGCGGGAAAUACCAUGUUAACCACAAGCUGUGGAACGUAAGGAUUGAGAAAAAGAAAAAUUGUUUCGAUAAAUAUUUAAAAGGAUCAUCUUUCAAAAGUUUAGUAUACAUUGUAGUUCACGUUCAGAAAAAUAACAAUUUUUAAAGAAUAUGUGUAUUUAAAUAUUACAUGCCUCUAACUCAAAGUAAUUUGAACAUUU